AUGGAUGAAGAGGAAGAGGACAGGGUUCUACUGAGCACUUUAGGUGUAACAUCUGCAAAUCCCGAGGACAUUGAGCGCGACAUUUUGGAGAAGGUGACAAAAGAUGUGGGAGACAGUGACAAUUCUGCUGGAGGCAGGGUGGGUGAAUCUGAUGAGACGGAGAAUAAUGACACGACAUCUGCAAGUCAAGGAAACCUCGUGAACAAAUUGAAGCAAGUUAAGAUUGAAAUAGAGGCGGUCACAUCCGCUCUGGAACAGUUAGAAGAGAACUCCAACCAGGACGAUUCUCCCGAUGUUCAUAUCAUAACCGAGCAGGAUAAUGCUGAGAUUGAGAAGAAUAUUCUUCAACAAUCUGCAAAUCACUCGACCCUUCAUCAUGCGCUUGCCGCUGAUCGAUUGAGAAGCUUGAUCAAAACAAGGGAUCAACUUGAGAAGCAAAUAUCAGAUGCUUCCAAGAGUAGUCAGCAUGAUAACAGGUUGAAAAUAAAUGAAAAGUCCAGAGACAAGGAGAGGUUUAGAGAGGUUGAGAGAAACAAUCAGAAACCUAACAAACGACUUAAAAGAGUUCCAUUUGGUGAGGAUGAUGAUUAUGGUGCUGUUUUAAGUGCAGCAUCUGCGGGUUUUGUGGAAACAGAAAGGGAUGAGUUGAUUCGUAAGGGAAUUUUGACUCCCUUUCACAAGCUCAAAGGUUAUGAACGUCGUAUUCAAGAACCAGGGUCAUCCAGCAGGCCUGUGGUCUCUGUGGACACAGUAGAAGUUGAUGAUCUGGCCUCGUCAAGCAUUGCCAGAGCAGUCAAGUCUAUGUCUGAGGCUUCAAAAUCUCGUCCUUCAACAAAAUUGCUCGAUCCCGAACUGUUGCCGAGAGUUGAUGCACCAACCUUCCCAUUUAAAAGGCUGAGAACACCGUUGAAGAUCCCUCAAUCUCUUCAAAUGGAAACCGAGAAGGAAAAAAGAUGCAAGAGAAAGAAGAGAAGGCCUCAACCUGGGAGGAGGUGGACAAAGUUGGUCUCUCGUGAAGAGAAUCCACAGGAAGAUUGGAUGACCUCCAGCAAUGAAGAUGAUAGCCUUGAAGAUGUAGGAGAUGCAGAUGAAGGGACCCCGUUUGUGACUCUCGAGGGGGGACUGAAAAUUCCAGAAACAAUAUUCGACAAUCUUUUUGACUAUCAGAAGGUCGGUGUGCAAUGGUUAUGGGAGCUCCACUGCCAGAAAGCUGGAGGGAUUAUUGGGGACGAGAUGGGACUUGGUAAAACCAUACAAAUUUUGGCUUUCCUUGGAUCAUUGCACUAUAGUGGUAUGUACAAGCCGAGCAUAAUUAUUUGUCCAGUAACUCUACUGAGGCAGUGGAAACGUGAAGCCAAGAAAUGGUACCCUGGCUUUCAUGUGGAGAUAUUACAUGAUUCUGUUCAGGAAGAACCCAGUAGGAAAAAGCAAUCUGAAUUGGAUGAAAGUGAUUCUGAUAGUGAAGGUUCCACUAACAGUGACCUUGAAGAAAAGCCACCGUCCAAAAAAACCAACAAGUGGGUUUCUUUGAUAAACCGAGUUGUGAGAUCAGAAUCCGGGCUGUUGAUAACAACGUAUGAGCAACUCCGUCUGAAAGGUGACAAAUUGCUUGAUAUUGAAUGGGGAUAUGCAGUUUUAGACGAAGGGCACCGCAUCAGAAAUCCUAAUGCAGAAGUCACUCUCGUUUGCAAACAGUUGCAAACUGUUCAUCGCAUAAUAAUGUCAGGUUCUCCAAUUCAGAACAAGCUGUCUGAAUUGUGGUCUUUGUUUGAUUUCGUGUUCCCUGGAAAGUUGGGUGUCCUUCCCGUAUUUGAGGCUGAAUUUGCGGUUCCAAUAUCUGUAGGCGGUUAUGCUAAUGCGACUCCCUUGCAAGUAUCCACUGCAUACAGAUGUGCUGUUGUUCUACGUGACCUGAUCAUGCCGUACCUCCUCCGGCGAAUGAAGGUGGAUGUAAACGCUCAGCUCCCAAAAAAGACUGAACAUGUACUCUUCUGUAGCCUUACUCCCGAACAGCGAUCGGUGUAUCGUGCGUUUCUCGCCAGCUCGGAGGUCGAACAAAUUUUUGAUGGCAGUAGAAACUCUUUAUAUGGAAUAGACGUGAUGCGUAAGAUCUGCAAUCAUCCUGAUCUUUUAGAGAGAGAGCACUGUUAUGGGAAUCCUGAUUACGGGAAUCCAAUACGCAGUGGAAAAAUGAAAAUUGUUGCAGAAGUUCUUAACGUGUGGAAAGAGCAAGGGCACCGUGUUCUUCUCUUUUCGCAAACACAACAGAUGCUUGAUAUUAUCGAGUGUUUUCUGAAAGAUGGUGAGUACUGUUACCGGAGGAUGGAUGGCCUGACACCUGUCAAGCAGAGAAUGGCUCUGAUAGAUGAGUUCAACAAUUCGGAUAAUGUAUUCAUCUUCAUCUUGACGACCAAGGUUGGUGGCCUGGGUACAAAUCUAACUGGUGCAAACAGAGUCAUCAUUUUUGACCCCGACUGGAACCCCUCAACUGAUAUGCAGGCUCGUGAGCGUGCUUGGCGCAUUGGUCAGACAAAGGACGUGACAGUCUAUAGAUUGAUUACCCGUGGGACCAUUGAAGAGAAGGUUUACCAUAGACAGAUAUACAAACAUUUCCUAACCAAUAAGAUAUUGAAAAACCCUCAGCAGAAAAGAUUCUUCAAGGCCCGGGACAUGAAGGAUCUCUUCACGUUGAAUGAUGACUGUGAUGGUACUGAGACGUCUAGUAUAUUUAGUCAGUUGUCUGAGGAGGUAAAUAUAGUAGGGGCCUGCAAAGGGAAGCAGGAGGAACCAAAACGCUCAAGACCUUGUUCAUCACGUGUUAAUGGCCCUGUAACUGAACCUGGAAACAAUGUGGAAAGUGAAAAUGCAGGUGAAGGCAAAGCCUAUGCUAAUAGCGGUGAUAUGAAGGCGGAUGAAGAAACUAGCUUCUUGCAGAGUCUGUUUGAUGCGCAUGGGAUUCAUAGUGCUGUGAAUCACGAUGCCAUCAUGAACGCUAACGACGAGGAGAAGACAAAGCUGGAGGAACAUGCCUCCCGGGUCGCCCAGAGGGCUGCUGAGGCCCUCCGCCAGUCCCGCAUGCUCCGCAGCCGGGACAGCAUCUCCAUCCCCACCUGGACUGGCCGCUCGGGCGCUGCUGGGGCCCCUCCCUCCAUGAGAAAAUUCGGGUCCACUCUCAAUCCCCAGUUGACGGUCACCCAAAGCCAGCCCGCGACUUCCAACGGGCCUGCCGCCGGCGCAUCCUCCGGCAGGGCCUUGUCCUCGGCAGAGCUUCUGGCUAAGAUCAGAGGGACCCAGGCCCGGGCUGAUGGUGACGGGCUCGAGCAUCAGUUUACUACUGUGUCCGGGCCUUCUAGAACAUCCGGGGACUUACGGGUGCAGCCUGAGCUCCUGAUUCGUCAGAUCUGCACGUUUAUCCAGCGGCAGGGUGGGAGCACGAGCUCUGUCAGCAUAGUCGAUCACUUCAAGGAUAGGAUACCUUCCAAGGAUCUGCCCCUGUUCAAGAAUCUUCUCAAGGAAAUCGCCACCUUGGAGAGGGGCCCGAAUGGGUCGUGUUGGUUUCUGAAGCAGGAAUAUCGGGACCAGUGA